AAAGGUAAGCCGUAAAGGCUGUUUAUUUUUGGGUUUUCAUUCGUCCUACAAGGUUUUUUCUCGAGUAAUGUGCUUCCUGGCCGUGUCGGACUGUACAUCGUGUUUGAAAAUCAGUUGACGAAGCAGCAAUGACCACGGAAACGAAAAUGAGCAGUUCUGAGGAGGUAUCCUGGAUUUCGUGGUUUUGCAAUCUUAGAGGCAAUGAAUUUUUUUGUGAGGUCGACGAGGACUAUAUUCAGGACAAGUUUAAUUUAACUGGAUUAAAUGAGCAAGUACCACAUUAUAGGCAAGCAUUAGAUAUGAUACUUGAUCUUGAACCUGCUUGUUUCUAUCCUGUAGAUGAUGAAUUGGAUGGCCAUCCAAAUCAGUCUGAAUUAAUCGAACAAGCAGCAGAACUUCUUUAUGGACUAAUUCAUGCACGUUACAUUCUCACUAAUCGUGGCAUUGCUCAAAUGAUUGAAAAAUAUCAAGCUGGAGACUUUGGUCAUUGCCCACGUGUAUAUUGUGAAUCCCAACCUAUGUUGCCUCUGGGUCUUAGUGAUGUCCCUGGAGAAGCAAUGGUUAAAAGUUAUUGUCCAAAGUGUAUGGAUGUUUAUACACCCAAAAGUUCUCGACAUCAUCAUACUGAUGGAGCAUAUUUUGGAACAGGGUUUCCCCACAUGCUUUUUAUGGUUCAUCCAGAAUAUAGACCUAAACGUCCAACAAAUCAAUUUGUACCUAGGUUAUAUGGCUUUAAAAUUCAUCCUCUAGCAUAUCAGUUUCAACAACAGUCUGCAUCAACGUUUAAAGCACCAUUGCGAGCUGUUAAUUAUAAUAAUGGAAAACGUUAAGAACAUUGCAACAUAGUCUAGAACAUUUUUUCAUUACUCAAAAUACAAUUCCUAAUUUCGUCCCUAAGGAUUAAAUAAAAUAUUAUUUUUUAUAUUGAUCUUUACACAUCUUAGCAGGGCGCUGAAAUACUAAUCGUUUUGUUUAAUCAUUCUGUAAUUUAAAGUUUGAAUGCGACACUCUAACUUUUCGGAUUUUUCCACGGUAUUUAUAACGUACCGAAAAGAUUAAGAGCGAUGUACCAAACUAUCAAUUUUCACCAAGCGCCAUGUUCAUUUUUAUUUCAGCUUUAGUAACAAUUUUCUUUUGUAUCAAAAAUCAUACUUGUAUAUCAAUUCUGGUCGAUUGAAACAACAAAAAUGAAAUACAUACUUAAAAUAAUUACUAGGGAGUAAAGAUGCAGAUGAGAAUUAUGAUAAGGUGUAUCUGUUUAAAUGUUUUACAUCUCUGUAAUUGCUACCUACUAGUGCUUAAAACACAAGACCGAUCUCGAAAUAGAGGAGCAGGUAGCAGCGGAUAUCGAUUGUUUCUUUAAGCAAGAAAAACGAUAAUUAUAUAAAUUGAAAAUUGUUAAAUAUAAUUUAAUUUAAAUAUUAAUUAAGCUGCUAAAAAAAAGCAAUUUAUUUAUACAUGAUUUAUCUUAAUAAAUAUUAAGCUCACAGAUAAAUAAGGUAUAAAGCAAAUUUAAAACUAAAGACUGUAUAUUAUUCUAUAAAAUCUUGUUUUCUAUCGCAAUUCUUCGAAAACGUAUUAUAUGCAAGAUUUAGUGGCCAGAAACAAAAUUUCAGAAAUUUUCUGAAUAUGAUAUAUAUUUAACAUAAACAGUGCAUAUUUUAAUAUAGUAAAAUAAAAUGAUCAAUACAAUUUUUUUAUUACAAUUA